UUGCGGCUGGCGAGCGCGGCGCCAAAGCUUUUGGCCUUGCCAAUCACUUCUGGGGUCGUGUAUUGUCGUUCGGCUUCGUACCCCCGUGAUUUUAGCCAGUUGAGAGCGAUGUUCGUGGCUCGAAGCAUCGCGGCUGAUCAUAAGGACCUAAUUCACGAUGUCUCCUUCGAUUUCCACGGGCGACGGAUGGCGACCUGCUCCAGUGACCAGAGCGUGAAGGUGUGGGACAAGAGUGAAACUGAAGAAUGGCACUGCACAGCGAGCUGGAAGACACACAGUGGAUCAGUAUGGCGAGUGACAUGGGCCCACCCAGAGUUUGGCCAGGUGCUGGCCUCUUGUUCAUUUGAUCGGACUGCAGCUGUGUGGGAGGAGAUCGUGGGAGAGUCUAAUGACAAACUGCGAGGACAAAGUCAUUGGGUGAAGAGGACUACACUGGUGGACAGCAGAACUUCAGUGACAGAUGUGAAAUUUGCCCCAAAGCACAUGGGCUUGGUUCUAGCCACCUGCUCUGCAGAUGGGGUUGUGCGGAUUUAUGAGGCCCCAGAUGUCAUGAACCUGAGUCAGUGGUCCUUGCAGCAUGAGAUCUCAUGCAAACUGAAUUGCAGCUGUAUUUCCUGGAACCCUUCCAGUUCCCGUUCUCAUUCGCCUAUGAUAGCAGUGGGAAGUGAUGACAGUAGCACAAACAUUGGUGGCAAGGUUCAAAUUUAUGAAUAUAAUGAAAACACCAGGAAAUAUGCAAAAGCAGAAACCUUAAUUACUGUUACUGAUCCUGUGCAUGAUAUUGCUUUUGCUCCAAACCUUGGAAGAUCAUUUCAUAUUCUUGCAGUAGCAAAUAAAGAUGUUCGAAUUUUCACACUAAAACCAUUAAGAAAAGAAUUGAGUAGUUCCGGAGGCCCAGCAAAAUUUGAAAUUCAGACAGUGGCACAGUUUGAUAAUCACAAUUCUCAAGUAUGGCGUGUCAGCUGGAACAUCACUGGUACAGUCUUGGCAUCCUCUGGAGAUGAUGGAUGUGUCAGAUUAUGGAAAGCUAACUAUAUGGACACUUGGAAAUGCACAGGCGUAUUGAAAGGAGAUGGAAGUCCCGUAAAUGGUGCCUUAAACCAACAGUCUAUGGGAAUUCUUAAUCCUUCUGCAGUGUUAAGCAAUUCAUCCUUGCAGAAUGCAUUUAAUGGAUCAUCCGCUGGAGGGAGGAAACUCUGAUACAUCUCACCUCUACACUCACAAUGCCCUUUUCAGCAGAAAGAAAACACAACUGAUCUCAAGCUAACCGGAGUAACCUUGCUGUUUUGCUGCUUGUUGCAUGCACACAGGAAUGGAAUGUGAACUCCCUUCACCCUUCCCCAGUGACAACUGAUAUCUCCAAAGACCAACCUGCUUGCUAAUAACCUUGGAUGGAAGGCUUCAUAAAAUUAAAUAUUUUUUCUCCCUGUUAGUGUUUUAGUUUUGAACAGUUGGCACCAAUGUACAGGCAGCUCAAAGGAGAGGCAAAGAGCUUUGCACUGUAGAAGCAGCCUUGAAACCUAAUUUUCAGCUUUGGAAGCUAUAUAUAAUAUUCAAAUGACCAAGAUUACAGAGAAUUCUUCAAACUGAAUGAAUAGAAUUUAAAUUGAUUUUGUGUUAUGGUACUCUUCUAAAUAGUGACUACACAUAUGAUGCAGUGACCACUCUGGUGUUACACAUUGAAAGUACUGUUGAGGAUAUAUAACCCCUAGCAGAUAUGUGCCAUCUUCCCAGUGUGGGACCAAGAAUGUUAUGUGUUCCAAUUGGAACAGGUUAAAUAAACUGAGGUUUACAUUGUCAGUAUUGUGUGUACUCGUUUUUUUAAAUCAUUGUCAUAUUUCUAAUUUUCUAUUUUCCUUUCUCCAAACUUUGGUAAUACUUAUUGAUUAAUAAUUACUGUGUUUACAUAAUUUAUGAACUAUUUGAAAAUACAAGUAAAAAGUAGUUAAAGAUCAUUGAAUGGAUACAUUAAAUUGCCUUUCGUGGAUACUUUCCUAACCAAGUCAUGGUAUUUUACUUCUAUUAUUUUAGGCAUUUGUAUCUUUCAUUUUCUUGUAUUCACCAUAUUUCUCUUUGUCUUUUGUUCGUUUGUCCCAUUUUUCUCUCUCGCCUGUCUUCCUCUACAUCGUUUCAGGCCUUUCUUUCCCACUUCGGACCAUGCUAGGGCUGGAUCGAGAUGGUCCAGUUAUGCCCAGCUUCCGCUUCCUCCUCCUCCUCCUCCUCCUCCUCUUCCUCCUCCUAUGGCAGAACAGUCUUGUGAUGCUGACACAACCCAUCU